CGCUUUUACGUUGAAGUUACCAAUCCUCGUAUAAAGGGCAAUUAUACCGGAGCGUUUCAGAGACCAAGGUUUUAAAACUGUGGCUGAAGGUAGGAAAAGCCAGAAUGAAAGUCUGUCUGUUCAUUGCUACGGUGAUUUUGGCAAUGCAUAGAGUUGAAAGUCUGACAUGUUUGCAGUGCAAAGAUAUUCCUAAGCCUCGGAUAUGCAACAAGGUUGUAGACUGCUAUGCUGGUGAAUCCUGUAGUGUAGAACAAGUGCUGAACGAGUUUGGAGAAAUUGUCUACAACCUAGGUUGUCUGCCAAAUACGGUAUGCAACAAUUUCACCAAUAGUAUAAAUGGACAGAGGGUUACAUGUUCUGAAUGCUGCAAUUCUAAAGAUCUUUGUAAUGCCAAUGGCUGUAGUCAACAAGGUUACCCAGAGCAUAGGGGACCUAUAUGCUAUAACUGUCCUUUACAUACCGACAGUGGGAAGUGUCAUAAUAUUGAAUUCUGCUCUACUGGAGAAGUGUGUAAUAUUGUUGGAAAGAAUAUGUUCUCAGAGACUGUGUAUACCAGUAGCUGUAUAUCUAAACACGCUUGUAAACCAGUGGAAGGUAACCACGUGGCUAUCAUUGGUAAACGUGACGUCAGCAUGGACAAAAGAAGUCACGAGCAACACAUAUGCGAUUCUUGUUGUUUAGAAGAUCUGUGCAAUAAAAAUUGCACGACAGCUCAGCUGCUUAUAGAUCCAUGUCAGUCAAAUCCUUGUAACCAUGGUACUUGCAAAUCUGACGGUGAUAACUUCAGAUGUGAAUGUCCUGCAGGCUUUACCGGAAGUAUAUGCGACAAAGACAUAGAUGAAUGCUUAUCAAAUCCAUGUGUACAUGGAACAUGUAUUGACCGAGUUAAUGGUUAUGUUUGUACCUGUAAUCAAGGAUACAAUGGAAGCAAUUGUCAACACGACAUAGAUGAAUGUUUAUCAAAUCCAUGUAUACAUGGAACAUGUAGUGAUCGAGUGAAUGGUUAUGUUUGUGCCUGUACUCAAGGGUACAGUGGAAACAAUUGCCAGCAUAACAUAGAUGAAUGCUUAUCAAAUCCAUGUGUACAUGGAACAUGUAUUGACAGAGUGAAUGGUUAUGUUUGUACCUGUAAUCAAGGAUACAAUGGAAGCAAUUGUCAACACGACAUAGAUGAUUGCUUAUCAAAUUCAUGUGUACAUGGAACAUGUAUUGACCGAGUUAAUGGGUAUAUUUGUGCCUGUAAUCAAGGAUACAAUGGAAGCAAUUGUCAACACGACAUAGAUGAAUGUUUAUCAAAUCCAUGUAUAAAUGGAACAUGUAGUGAUCGAGUGAAUGGUUAUGUUUGUGCAUGUACUCAAGGGUACAGUGGAAACAAUUGCCAGCAUAAACCUACAGACUGUGCUGAUAUUUUGCAUUAUGGCGAUGAUAAGGGCGACGGAAUUUAUACAAUUAUUACAUGGAAAACUCAUGAAACUAUGGAAGUCUAUUGUGACAUGACUACAGAUGGUGGCGGUUGGACGGUUUUUCAAUACAGAUUUAACGGUUCAGUAGAUUUCUAUAGGAACUUCGCUCAAUAUGAAAAUGGUUUCGGAAAUUUACACAGUGAGUUUUGGCUUGGACUGAAACACAUUAGAGAAAUUGCAAACAGGGGACGUACAGAUCUCAGAAUUGAUUUAGAGGCGGCGGACGGGGCAAAGGCUUUUGAAACUUUCGAGAAUUUUUCACUUUCAGCCGGACCGGCAUUUACUCUUCAUAUAGGCAACACAAUUGCCAGUCUCAACAUUUCUAAAAGGAAUAGUUUUGUAUAUCACAAUGGUGUGAAAUUUACGACGUACGACCAUGAUGCUGACAACGAUUUUGCCGACAACUGUGCUGUUGAAUGGCAUGGUGCUUGGUGGUAUCUUAAUUGUUACGAAGCAAAUCUUAAUGGCAAUUUCCUUUUUCCAGGUACAUAUGAUUAUCAUGGAAUGGUAUACAAAAGUUUUAAUUCUAUACAAUCAUUGCAAAAAAGCAAAAUGAUGUUAAGGAAACGUAUACAGUGAUGAAACAUAAGCAUAUAAGCAAACUUUCAAUUCAUUUAAAUAACAUAAAUGUCAUUUAACUUGAAAGAUAAAUUGUCAUAGCUAUAAAUCCAUUUCUGUUUUAAUGUAUUAUUAAUAUUAUAAUCAUCAUAAUUAUCAUUAUUUUGCAUGUAUAUAAACGCAAAUAUUUCAUUGUUAAAAUAACUUUUCCACCUCUUAUUAAUAGGAAAUUCUAAGUACUCAUUGGUAAGAGAA